AUGGCAUUAUUAGGGGUCGUUAUGGCAGUCGUUAUCUGCUUCUUUUCUUUUGCCGGGGUUGUUGGAACAAACGACUGCAGCGACCCGAGAGGCCAUCUAGCAUUUAAGACUUUGCAGUCCACAGAUGAAAUCCACAUGUUGUACACUGACUUUAAUGCAUCUGUAAUUGUGUGCACUUACACCAUGACAACUAGUGUAGACAGCAGCACAAUAUCCGUAAGUGGCAACUUUAUAUACCAAAUCAACAAUCUUCCUGUCGUCUACACUGAUCCUGUUACCACGAAAGUCGAAAACUGCGAGGGCCUUAUAGGUGUAUAUAACGGAACAAGCGGAGAGAAAGUGUCCCAGGCAGUGAUGUACUCAAAUUUUGAGACCUGCAAUAUCAACUUUAAUAUCGAACAACAAGGUUUACAUUUUUCCGAGUGCCAGUUGUGGGCUUACGAAAGCGCCACGAAUGACGAUUUCCAGGCAUGUCUUGCUACUUACAAAACGUUACGCGACGGAGAAAUCUAUGAGGUCUACAGCUCCACCUGCCUGACAUGA